UUAAAGACAAAGACAAUAAGUGAACAAGUGACAGUUUGUGAGAACUAAAGUGAAGUGAAGUAAGCUAAACAGUGAAAAUGAAGCACACACCAAUGAAGUCGUCCAAGAUGGCCAGCUCUAGUGAAGAAGAUCUGAGCACUCUUGUACAGUUGCGUGGCAUGGCACAAGGUAACAUCACGCGCAUCAAGAACAUCUUGACCCAAGCCCAAGCGGACCAGGCUGAGCUGCCUUCCGCUCAAGUGAAAGUGUACGUGAAGAAAGUGGAAAGUGCUUACAACGAGUACCAUCAGCACCACCAGCAGAUAGUGGCACUUCUUCCUUCGAGCAAGAAGGAGGAACAGAACGAGAAGUUCCUGCAAUUCGAGACGUUGCACGAAGAGGUGUCCAUCAUGCUCGAGACCCUUCUCGAGGCUCAAGCCGCACCACCUGCGGUCCAACAAGUGCAACCACCGGCGAACCAACAACCGUUGGUAAUCCAGCAAUCUCUUCCUCGCGCCAUCCCCACCUUCGACGGGAGGUACGAGAAUUGGGAACGGUUCAAGAUCAUGUUCCGUGAUGCAGUUGACCGUACCAACGAAGCACCUCGAAUCAAGUUGUAUCACCUUGAGAAGGCCCUCGUCGGUGAUGCGGCGGGAAUCAUAGACGUGAAGACGAUUGCCGAUGGAAACUACGCCCACGCCUGGGAGUUACUGGAGGAAAGGUUCGAGGAUCAGCGACGAAUGAUCGACAUCCAUAUUGCUGGACUACUCAGUGUGAAGAAACUUUCGAAGGAGGAUUUCGGUGAGUUGCGAUCCUUGGUCGAGUCUACCACUAGUCACGUGGAAAACUUGAAGUUCCUUGACCAAGAGUUCACCGGCGUCUCUGAGCUCAUUGUCGUCCACCUGAUCGCACGUGCACUGGAUCCUACCACGAAGAAGUUAUGGGAGUCGACGAUAAAGCGAGGAGAACUCCCAAACUACGAAGACACCAUACAGUUUCUGAAAGACCGCGUCUCAGUUCUGGAGAGAUGCCGCGAUACGGAUGAAGAAGCCAAGGCACAGCGUACAUCAGUGACACCAGCUACGAGGAAGCAGGCGUUUUCCAAUGCCAACGCAGCGACAGCACCUCCAUCAGCGGUUCAGCAGUGCACCAUUUGUGAUGGAAGCCAUGUGACGUACAAGUGCUUAAUGUUCAAUGGCUUGAGUGUGAGUGAUCGACUGGCCAAAGUCAAACAGAAGAACGUGUGCUACAACUGCUUGAGAAGUGGACAUAGUGUGAAGAACUGCCCAUCGAAGAAGUCGUGCUCCAUGUGCAACAAGCGGCACCACACCCUGCUCCAUUUGGAAGGUGGUGCAACCUCGUCGCAGCCUGCGAAUGAAAAUUCAGCGAAUGGAGUUCCAGGAUCAGCCCAACCGGCGGCGUCGGCUGUGAGACAGCAGUCGGCCGAGAACCAGCCAUCAGUGACAGCAGCGCAUUCCAACAAUCCGGUGAACCCAGCGAGCCAGGUGGUGUUGCUCACUGCCCUUGUCAACGUUAUGGACCAUCAACAGCGGCCUCGUGUGUGCAAAGCCCUGCUAGACUGCGGAUCUCAGAUUACUGGCCAGGUUCCGUCGGUUAAGAUAAAUUUGGAGAAUUGGGAACUUCCUCAAGGUCUCAGGCUGGCUGAUCCAUCCUUCCAUGAACCUAGCCACGUUGAUUUGCUGAUUGGAAUGGACUGGUUCUAUGACAUUAUGAAACCAGGGUGUUUGAAAAUAGACGAUAAUCUCCCUAGCCUUCACGACUCUAAGCUUGGUUGGUUAGUCGGGGGCAAGUUGCUUGACUGUUCUUCCAAUCUUGUGCUGAAUUCCUGUGCCGUUCGAGUUGACCCCGUUGAAGAACUAGUGCAGAAAUUUUGGGAAGUUGAAGGUGUGUCUUCAGAGUUGGUUCUGUCCAGUGAGGAAGAGCAGUGUGAAUCGCAAUUCGCAUCAACCCAUCGUCGAGACGACAGCGGUCGUUUCAUCGUUCACCUCCCACUGAAGGACAACGCAUCUCAACUAUCGGAUUCCCGUACCAUGGCCUUGCGACGAUUUUUCAUGCUGGAAUCUAAACUACAACGUCAUCCAGAAUUAAAAGCCCAGUAUGAUGUCUUCAUGGACGAGUACGAAUCUCUUGGGCACUGCCGGGAGGUCCAAGAACGCGACGAUCCUCCUGGAGUUCUGAAGUGGUAUCUUCCCCACCAUGCCGUCCUCCGCCCAUCGAACACAACUACAAAAUGCCGGGUGGUAUUCGACGCAUCUGCAAAGGUGGCCGGAUUGUCCCUCAACGAUGUUUUGAUGACCGGAUACAACGUUCAGAGCGAUUUGUUGUCUAUCAUCCUACGGUUCCGGAGGUAUCGAUACGUUAUGAGCACCGAUGUAGCCAAAAUGUACCGCCAGGUUGCCGUAGAUCCCGCUUUCACUCCACUACAACGGAUUUUUUGGAGAAAGUCGCCCCAAGACCCACUACGUGUUCUCGAACUAACUACUGUGACGUACGGAACGGCCUCAGCCCCUUUCUUGGCCACGCGAUCUCUGCUGCAACUUGCACGGGAUGAACGAGAAACCUUUCCGCUCGCUUCCGCCGUUGUCGAGAAAAAUGUCUACAUAGACGAUGCCCUUUUUGGUUCCGACGAUUUCCUACAAGCAUGUGAGCUUCGAGAUCAGCUGAUAGCCUUGCUCCAGUCCGGUGGAAUGCACCUUCACAAGUGGUCAUCCAACACUAGUCAGCUCCUAUCGCCCAUUCCCAGUGAAGAUCGAGACAGCUGCGCAUCUUUCAGCGAAAGUGGCCUCAACGAGGUCAUCAAAACUUUGGGAUUGAUGUGGAAUCCUUCCACAGACGAGUUCUUGUUCCGAUCAUCCCCUUCAGAAAAGGCCAGCAGACCCACCAAGCGUCAAGUCCUGUCCAAGAUUGCCAAGAUUUACGAUCCGCUCGGACUUAUUUCUCCUGUGGUGGUACUGGCAAAAAUAGUUAUGCAGAAAUUGUGGAUCAGCAAGCUGAAUUGGGAUGAUCCGUUAGACGAUACCCUCCUGAACGAGUGGGAGAACUUUCUGAUGUCACUGCCAACUUCGGAGCAAAUUCGCAUUCCACGCCAUGUGUUAUCGAACAAGGCGGUGCGGUACGAAUUGCACGGAUUCGCGGACGCGUCCCAGAAGGCGUAUGGGGCAUGCGUGUAUGUUCGCUCAAUAUUCCCUGAUGGCACCGCAUCGACGAAGUUGGUCAGCGCUAAGUCUAAAAUUGCACCGAUUUCACCCCUGACAAUCCCUCGAAAGGAAUUACUAGCAGCCCUUCUUUUGUCAAGAUUGAUUAGAAAGGUCGAAUCAGCGUUGGAGAUGAGCUUCAGUUCCAUCGUUCUCUGGUCGGAUAGUCAAGUUGUAUUGGCAUGGUUACGCAAACCGCUUGGCAAUCUCCAAACCUUCGUCCGCCACAGAGUUGCAGAGAUCACAUCGAAUACUAGUCACAAUUUGCCCCCACAAUGCUGGAAUCUGGGCCGGGUAGAAAGGGUACACCCGGGAACCGAUAACCUGGUAAGAGUGGUAGACGUUCGAACGAAGACUGGUACAUUUAGACGACCUAUACACAAGCUUGCGCCUUUGCCUAUCUUGGACAAUGAUCCAAAUGUCCAAACUUCCACUUUUUGCCGGGGGGAGAAUGUUCAGUUCGACAGCAGCCAAACUGAAGAAGCGUCUAGCAGUGGCGGCGACAGUGUGCACCACGAGAGCUCCGCCCAUUCAACCAACGCCGAACGAACGACGACGACGAAGCGAGUGCUGAACAGCAAAGCGACGACAAUAAAACCAACGGCCGAACAGCGAUCAGCGCCAGUAAUUUUUCAUCGUUCGUCGAAGCAACAACACAACAGCGCGAAGCAGACCCGAAGAGAGCCGUAGCACGUGCAGACCGCAUGAGACAGCAAGCAGAGCCGACCGACGCGACGGUGCGCCAAUAGCGUGAUCGGCGCGUGGUCCCACCACUUCGUGCGGGCUAUAAAUAUAGUGCGCAUCGUGGCAUCAGCAUCAGUUUUUUACGAACCGCCAAGGAGUGAACAUCGUUGUGAUCGAAGUGAUCGAAGUGAAAUGAUUAAUAUAGUAGUUUAAGUAAAAAUCUCCUGUGUUUGCAUCUGGUCAUCGCGCUUCUGAAACAUCCCCGAUUCCACCAAAAGAGUUGUUCAGAAAUAAUUUCCUAGAGUUAUUCAGAGCAACGGAGUUAUUCGGAAAUUGUUUUCCUCCACACCCAACAGCCUUUAUCAAGGCUCAAAGAGUUAUCAGGUUGCUGCUAGCAGGGCUAGUCCAGCUCAACCACCGAGGCUUCAUGAGGCGAAGCCCGGCCAACGUGCGGUCAUCAUCCUGGGAAGGAACGCGAGGGUUCCUGCUCCCACCCGGCUCGGUUCCUGAGCGGAACGCGAGCACCACAACGUAGCCAGCGCAGUACAGUCCACUGCCAUCCC